CAACCACCAGACGAAUGGCUUCCGAUCACCAAAUCAAGAAGAGGGAAUUCAUGGACUGCUACAUUCCAUUUGCUUUCCUCUGGAAUUGGAAUCCAAACACUCUCUCUCCCAAUCGCCUUCCUAUACCUUGGCUGGUUUUGGGGGAUUGUGUGUUUGUCUGUGGCAUUUGUAUGGCAGCUCUACACCAUUGGAUUGCUAGUGAGUCUUCACGAGUCGGUCCCUGGUACUCGCUUCAGUAGAUACCUUCAACUUUCUAUUGCUGCUUUUGGAGUAAAAUUGGGGAAAGUUCUAGCCAUUUUCCCGAUAAUGUAUCUUUCAGGAGGCACAUGUGUCAUGUUCAUAAUCACAGGAGGUGGAGCCAUGAAGCUUUUCUAUCAACUCUUGUGUGGGGACUGUUCCUCCAAACACCCUUUGACAACAAUAGAAUGGUUCUUGGUUUUCAUUACUAUGGCAAUUCUUCUCUCUUUGUUUUGUACAAAUUUGCAUUCGGUAUCUUUGGUGUCGUUCCUUGGCGCAAUCAUGGCUGUUGGAUAUUGUACGAUAUUAUGGAUCGUGUUUGUUGCAAAAGGGAAGGUAGAUGGUGCUGCUAUGUAUGAUUCAUCAGAAUCAGGUCAUGUUCGAAGUAUCUUCAAUGCACUUGGGAUCAUUGCAGUUGCAUUUAGAGGCCAUAAUAUUGUGUUAGAGAUACAGGGUACUAUGCCAUCAACCCCAAAUCGCUCAUCAUCAACGUUCAUGUUGAAAGGAAUGGUAGCAUCAUAUCUCAUUAUUGCAUUGUGUUUCUUCCCCUUAGCAACUGUUGGAUAUUGGGCGUUUGGAAACAAGAUUCCAAUCAAUGGAGGAGUGCUAACGGCAAUCUCAACCACCCUUAACUAUCACAUGUCUACACCAUUGCUAGGUAUCAUAUACAUGCAGAUCAUCAUAAGUUGUGUCACUGCUUUCCAAAUCUACAGCAUGGUUUUCUACGACAACUUGGAGCGCUUAUACACAAGCCGCGCAAAACACGAAUGCCCAAAGUUAAUCCGUAUGGGUAUCCGGAUUUUCUUUGGAGGCUUGACCUUCUUAGUAUCCGUGGCCUUCCCAUUUCUGCCAAGCUUAGCACUAAUUAUCGGAGGGAUUUCUUUGCACUUGACGUUUGGUUACCCAUGUCUCAUGUGGAUUGCGAUCAAGAGGCCUCCAAUGAAAUCCGCAAAGUGGUGGCUUAACUUUGCUCUUGGUAGUUUAGGCACCGCACUAAGUUUGUUGGUAGUUGUUGGUGCGGUAUGGAACUUGGUUUGUAGGGGUUUAGAUGCGAACUUCUUCCAUCCACGAUGAAAUAGGUCUAGCUCAACUCAAUUCAUCAUAUUGCAUUACAGAACUUGGAAUAUUAAGGUCUAGAUCAACUCAAUGCCUUUAAUUGAACAAGUCAACUAACCGUAAACAAAUCGACCCACCAACCUGUUUAACCCAUUUAUUACAACCCACCAACUUGAUUAAUUAGCAUAAUUAUCACCC